GAAAUCUCUGUCAGCAACAAGAAUGCCCUUUCCUUGGAAAACAUCUCCUUGGCUAGACUGUGUAAAACUUACAUCACAGAAAGAAGCAUUGGCUUUACAGAACUCAGCGGGCCCACCAAAUACAGCCAUUCCUGCUGCAAGGAAGAGUCUGCUUUAAAAAAGAACAAUUUUGACUUUGUUGGAGGUUGAAUUCGGGCACAGAAUUGGAGAUGGAAAUGCAAGACCCGGUUGGCCCAGAAACCAUCUUUGCGGGGAGCAGUGUGGAAUUCUGGGGAAAGACUGUGGAGAAAAUGCAUGAACAUGAAUCUAUGCUCAGUUCAAAUAUCCAGCAAUUCCAGUACCUAGAUGCCAAGGGGCCCUGGGAGGUGCAGUGUUGGUCAGCAGAAGGGAUGAUCAAUGUCUCUGAAGCAGAGAAGGCUCCAUCGGACAUCAGACAGAAGCCAUUGUCCAGGAGGAUCUCUCAGGAGGGUGACGCAGAUGCUGCCUUUCUGGGCCAUGGAAUAGCAGUGGCAAUUUGUCCAAGCUCUUCUGCCAUGGGUAGUAGUGGAGAAGAGGCUUUUAUACAACCAGGUCAGAGUGCUGUGUCUUUUGAGGAGGUGGCUGUGCAUUUCACGGAGGAGGAGUGGGCUCUGCUGGAUGCAGAGCAAAGAGCCCUGCACAGAGAAGUCAUGGAGGAAACUCGUCAGAACGUGGCCUUUCUGGGUGAUGAGUGGAAGAGGAAGAAUACGCGAGAACCUUUUAGAGCAUUAAUGGAAAGAGUGAGAUGUAAAACGGAAAGACAGCAGAGAAAGGAAAUGGAAGUAAAACAGGAAAGGAGAAAUGAUUCCACUGUUCUUCAUGUGAGUGACUACCAGGCUGCCCCAAUCCAAGAAAGAAUUGACAAAAUGAAUGAAUGGAGCAAGCGCCCCUCACAUGGAAAAAAUUUCAGUUGUAAAUCAAGCCUUAAUGGGAGAGUCAUGAUAGGGGAGAAGCCAUUUAAGUGCUUUGAUUGUGGUAAGAGGUUCUGUUGGGACUCUACCCUUAUAGUGCAUCAACAAAUUCACAGAGGAGAGAAACCAUUUAAGUGUUUGGAGUGUGGGAAGAGCUUCAGUUGGAAUUCACAUCUUAGAAAACAUCUAAUAAUUCACACAGGAGAGAAACUAUUUAAAUGUUUGGAGUGUGGGAAGAGCUUCAGUCAGAGCUCACAUCUUACAAAUCAUCAAAAAAGCCACACAGGCAAGAAACCAUUUAAAUGUUUGGAGUGUGGAAAGAGCUUCAGUCAGAACUCAAAUCUUAUAAGACAUCUAAUGAUUCACACAGGCGAGAAACCAUUUAAAUGUAUGGAGUGUGAAAAGAUUUUCAGUCAGAACUCGCGUCUUAUACAACAUCAAAUAAUUCACACAGGCAAGAAACCAUUUAAAUGUCUGGAAUGUGGGAAGAGCUUCAAUCAGAACUCAAAUCUUAUAAAACAUCUAAUGAUUCACACAGGCGAGAAACCAUUUAACUGUUUGGAGUGUGGAAAGAGCUUCAGUAGGAACUCAGUUCUUAAAAUGCAUGAAAUAAUUCACAUGGAGGAGAAACCAUUUAAAUGUUUGGAGUGUGGGAAGAGUUUCUGUGAAAACUCACGUCUUACACAACAUCAAAGAAUUCACACAGGUGAGAAACCAUUUAAAUGUUUGGAGUGUGGGAAGAGCUUCAGACAGAAGUCAGUUCUUAAAAUACAUGAAAAAAUUCACAUAGAGGAAAAACCAUUUCAGUGUCCGGAGUGUGGGGUGAGCUUCCGUGAGAACUCCUGGCUUAAACAACAUCAAAGUAUUCACACAGGUGAGAAACCUUUUAAAUGUUUGGUGUGUGGGAAGAGCUUCAGACAGAAGUCAGUUCUGAAAACACAUGAAAGAAUUCACAUGGAGGAAAAACCAUUUAAGUGUUUGGCGUGUGGGAUGAGCUUCCGAGAAAACUCACGUCUUACACAACAUCAAAAAAUUCACACAGAUGGGAAACCAUUUAAAUGUUUGGAGUGUGGAAAGAGCUUCAGUCAUAAUUCUCGUCUUACACAACAUCAAAGAAUUCACACAGGCGAGAAACCAUUUAAAUGUUUGGAGUGUGGGAAGAGCUUCAAUCGGAGCUCAUGUCUUACAGAUCAUCAAAGAAUUCACACAGGCGAGAAACCAUUUAAAUGCUUGGAGUGCGGGAAGAGCUUCAGUCGGAGCUCAUGUCUUAAAGUCCAUCAAAGGAUUCACACAGGCGAGAAACCAUUUACAUGUUUGGAGUGUGGGAAGAGUUUCAGACAGAAGUCCGUUCUUAAAAUACAUAAAAGAAUUCACAUGGAGGAGAAACCAUUUAAAUGUUUGGAGUGUGGGAAGAGCUUCAGACAGAAAUCAGUUCUUAAAAUGCAUAAAAGAAUUCACAUGGAGGAGAAGCCAUUUCAGUGUUUGGAGUGUGGGAAGAGCUUCCGUUGGGGCAGAGCUCUUAGAAGACAUGAAAAAAUUCACAAAAAUCCCCAUGGGGACUUUUGCCCUAUCUAAGUGUCCACAUUUCAUGUGGAAAGAGCUUCAGUCAAAAGUCAGCCUUUACAAAACAUGAGACAGUUCACAAAGGAGAGAAAACAUUUAGACAUUGGGCGUGUGGGAAGAGUUUCCUUUAGCAGCCAGAGCUUUCUCACCAUCAAUUAAUUCACACUGGAGAAAAGCCAUCAAAAUGUUUGGUUUGUGGCAAGAGCUUCAGUCAGAACUCAAGUCUUCCAGCAUCUGAAACCACACAGUUGUAUUAGGAUAUUCAUGGUUGGAGUGCUGAAAGACUCUCACUUGGUCAGUGGAGGCUCUUCCCUUAGGGCAGGGUGGGCAACGCCCACCCCCCAAAAAGGCCAAAAAUGUCCAAAGAAACUAAUAAAAAUGGUCCAAAAACAAUAAUAAUUAUCAGCCAUUCUGUCCUCUGCCAGAAUUUUAGGUCUGACUAACUCAGUCACUGCAGCCCUGCACUUCCCUGCCUGUAGCUUGCAAGCCUGCAGUGUUGACAUAUAGUGGGUGCUGGUAGUAAAAUUCCUUAAAACACCUAUAAAAGCUCACGAAACAGUUUCGCAUAACAGUGUUCAUAAGGCAGGAGCCAAUCCCAAGGCUUGCCCUUGUUGUCAAAAAAUGGGCUGAAUUCAAAUAGCCCGAUCAGGAAGACAUCAUACUGAUUGACAGCUCCCUCUGCCUCUGACUAGCAAUCAAUGUGGCCGGGGGCAGUCCUUGUUCUAGUCUUCUGAAGGAAGAGACGGGCAAUCGUCAUUCACUCUUGGACAGUGUGCUGAGAGAAGAGCUUGCUGAGAGACCAUUUACUGUAUUUUGCUUAUUUAGCCUCAGAUUAUGUGAGUUAAAUUUAUGUAAUUGUCAGAUUAUGUAAGUUAUGUAAUUGCUAGCAGCAAUUACAGUGUGGUAGGUAGCCCCCUGUACCUCGCCUCAGGUCUGUACCUGAAGCAAUCACUUCAGGCAUAAGCCCCUCAUGCUAGUACUAUGUGGAAAUAACAACUUGACUUAAUUUGUGGAGGGUUUUGGUGGUUUUUUUGUUUGUUUUUAACAUUUUUAAAUACACCAAAGCUGCAGAGCUAGACAGAUGGUUUUCUAGGCAUUCAGGGUUACAAGUAAAACGAGAGAGGGAAAUGAUCGAUAAAUAUUUUAAAACUCUCUGUUAGGCAUUUCUGAAAUAGUAAAAAGUGGCAGGUGGGCCAGGCUUCCAGAGAGGCCUAUGCAUAGGCCUCGCUGAAGCCUGAAGCUCUCCAGGCAGGCCUUGGAGAUCGGCAGGAGCAGACAGUCAAGAAAGGGUUAACUUUUCUCCCAGCCCUAUUGGUCCUCCUGGAGUCUUGUGCUCCUCCCUUGCUUGGAAUUUGUAUGGAACUGCAGAGCCUGGGUAGCUGGCUGUUGGACUGAGUGUCUCCCUCCAACCAAGAAGGAAACUAAAACGUUUGCUGUUUGAAAGUAAACCCUUUGCUGUUUGUUUUUUGUGUGUGUGUGCGUGAUUUGUUCCCCUUGGUCAAGCUACCAUGUUGCUUGUUUCCCCCCCGCCACCCCCAUGAACCGUGUGUGUGAGAGAAUGCUUAAGCUUUAAAAAACAACCAACAAAACAUUUUCAAAGUAUGCCAAAACUAUUCUAGUGCAAACUUGUAAGAAAAACCCUCCCCGUCAGUAUACCUUGUGAGGAAAUUAGUUAGUGCAAAAGUAUUAAAUGCUUUGAAAAGAA